AUGAGUGGGCGCAAUGAACAAGCGAAGGAGAGUUUUUUCCACACGGCAUUUCCAGCGCUUUUCUCUGGCGCAGCGCAGGCAAUUUUAUUUAAUCCCUUCGAUAGGGCUCUCUACUUGCGGGUGAAGUUUCGCCGCCAGCACUUUUUGGACCGACGUAACUUUGAGCAGCCCUUUCAGGGCUUCAUGAACGCUGCCAUUUACCGCACGCUUGUAGGUGCCUCGUACAUGUUCUGGCAAGACUCUGUCCGAAUCUUUAUUGACAACAAGGCGCCGGAGUGCUUUCAUGCUUCACAAUCCCCGAGGCUUAACGCCUUUUUAAUUGGCGCGACGGCCGGUUCCGUGAACGGUGCAGUUUUAAAUGGAAUGCAGGUUGUAAAGUAUCGCAUGUGGAAUGCAGAGGGGAAUGCGUCGUUUCUGGCGGUAGCCAUGGAUGUAUACAAAGAGAAUGGGAUGCGUAUUUUUUUUCGUGGAAUUGGCGCUACUGCUUUGCGUGACUGUGUUUUUGGUAUUGUAUACGAGUCGAUUCGGCGUUCUACUAUCAUAAAGGAUGUUUUUUACCCAUAUGUUCUCUUGGCAGAGAAUGAGCCAAAUUUUCUUUGGGGACUUGUAGCGUCAUCUCGCUGUCGUCUUGCAGUGUCGUCAGAGUCAGCCCCGUUGGAUACCCGUACCAAUAAUAAUAAUAAUAAUAACAAUAAUAAUACCGCGGAUAUUGGUAGCGGGAAUGUGGCACUGUGGAAGCAGAAGUGCGGGGCAUGCGCGUUUAUCUCGAACCUUAUCGCCGCACUCCUAGCCUCCGUUGUUAGUUCACCGCUUAACUAUGCACGUACUGUGAUAUACGGGGCUCCCUCUGGUUCCGAGCCGAUGCGCUGCACAUCACUUCUUCACUCGUUUUUUUACCAGGCGCGGUUUGUUUUCUUCCGUGGUGAGAGCUUCACAGGGGCCAAGACCAUCGUUGCCGAGUCGAUGGAGAAGGAGUCUUCCGCACAUAGCAGCGGCAGCAGCCCACACCCACGUAAUCGGCUGCUGGGGGUGGUGCAACACCUCCGGGGAAGAGUGUUGGCGCAUGCUCAACGACGGAGGCGUUAUCCAGUUGCCACAUGGCGUUGGGUAAACAGUCGUUUGAACGUUGGAUGGGGCUCGUUGCGUGUUGGCCUUGGCAUGGCCGUUGGGCAGAGUCUGUUUCAUUUUCUGCAGGACGCCCUUUGA